CGCCUCAACGGCGGCGUGAGGGGGAAGCUGGCUGUUCUCCCUUCCCGUUCAUGAAUGCAUCACGUACCUACCCAUAGAAAUAUCUCUAUAUAUAAGACACUGAAAGGCAGUGCCUUUAUUCUGUUUUUAUUUGUCCUUGCACCCGCUGGUCCAUGGGAUAGAUUUGCCUGACUGCUCUCUCUGGUCUUGGGACAACGACUCCCUCACGGGCAACGCCUCCUCUCAGGAUGUUUUAAAAUCGUUAUAAAGGUUUCCACAUAAACGCGUUAAAAUGUGCGGAUUUUCCCCAUCUUCGUGGGAAAGCAGUGUGUAAAUCCAAAUAGAUUUUGAUCCGACUAGCUCAGCUGGUGUAAUACUAUUAAACCAUAUUUAAAUUUUUCAGCCACAGCACGGCCAACUAUUUUCAAAUUAUCCAAGUGUUUCUAAUUACAAAUACUGAAUCUAAUAAAAUCUGAUAAAAUGCUGAGCCCGGGCGCUGAUCCUGUAGCCUGUUCUGUGUGAGGGAUUCAACCACAGGGAGGUGCAAAGUAAAGAAGAAAUUUUAAAAUUUGACUGCUCCUAAAUUCUGUUUUUCCAAUUAUGAUGGCAGAUGCAUUGGUGUAUUUACAGCAAGCACAGUAACGUAUGACCAAUCUUGGGUUUUUCCCAGCUGUACCAAGGCAAAAAAAAAAAAAAAAGCAUACUAAGACUAAAGGAUCGUCUGGCACAUUUCUACUGAGGUGAUUAAAAAAAAUUAAAUCUGUGACAUUACUUACACAGCCUAUUAAACCCUAAAGCAAACAAUUUUGUCCUAUAGCUAAUUAUCCACAGAAUACAAAAUUUUGAAUGAGGCAAUAGUCACAACUAUAAUGCAUUAUACUAGUAAAUUUGAUUUUUAAAAUAAUUGUGAAUUACUGUAAUACUAUGUAUUACAGUAGUAAUGACUAGAUGACUUGCAGUGUCACCUGUUCUCCGAAGCCAAAUUUAAUAUUGUGCUGGCUCCAGAGGCUAUUGGAUUAGCUGUGCAUCUCAAACUUGUUCCUUUAAGGAGCUGGGAUUUUCUGUCCUGCUGCAUUUUCUCAUGUCUGUGUUUGAAGAGUUGGAAGGAACAGGAAUUCAAGGACCCUUAAGCAAGUAUUGUAUCUCAGCUUGGCAGUUCAAAACCGUAACCUUCAAAGGCCAAUGCUUACUUGUGAGGAAGACAGGAUCAUGCUCAGCUAGUACUUUAGCCUGCUAACUCAUUUAGGAAGCUCCUGCCUAAAGCAUUCCAGCCAUCAGACUGCUGAAUAUUCAUCAUCCUUUCCUCACCUGUGCUGCAGGGCACUAUGCUGACCUUGAGAGUUCCUGACCUUAAAUUCCUCUGAUAGAGCAUUCGAGGUCAAGUGCCAAGCUAUCAGUGGGGAUGGAGUAAAGCACCUUUAUCUGAGCGUUCGCUAACACGGGACUCGGCCGUGACUCAGAGAGGGUGCAAAAGGCUCAUGCAGACUGAGAUUGUAGAUCUUCACCCACAUCCACUCUGCCUGUGACAUCCUGCAGAUCACAAGGCCUCUCAGAGCUUAUGCCUUCAGGCUGACUUGAAACACCCAUUGCCAGCAGUGCAUGGUCCUGUUAGUGCCCAGUGCAGCUCCACGUGCUUCACGCUGCCCACCAUGCCAACCUCACCUGAAGACAAGGGACGAGCACAAGAGGCACAGCACAACAGUUCUCCUCCAGCCAAAGACACUAGAGCUGAAGGGACAACAUGCAGCACACCUUCUAUUGUUCUUCCAGAGAAUGCUGUUACACCAGAUUCAGAAAUUGAUAAAAACCUGGUUAACAGGUCUCGUAGUCCUCAUAGGAGACACUCUAACCGUGCCAAUAGGAAUUCAACGAGUUCAUUGACUUCUGUUGACAACAGCGGGCACGUGAUUGACCUGGUAAAUGAUCAGCUACCAGAUGUCAAAAUAUCAGAGGAAGACAAAAAGAAGAACCUGGAGUUACUAGAAGAGGCAAAGAAAGUGAGUGAGAGGUUUCUGAUGCGCAGAGGCAGAAAGUCAAGGAGCAGCCUUCCGGAGUCACCCACGGCAGUUUCCCCUACUCUUAGUCCUAAAGUUUCACCAGUAGCAUCUCGGAGCAACUCUCUCACUCUUCCAGUUCCAUCAGGGUCUGAUGCGUGCACAACCACUAGUAUUGAGUCAGUAUCUCCAGGGCAGAAUAACAGAGCUGUGAAAGAGGAUGACAGGCAAACUGCAGAGAAUGCUGCAAAAGGAUUAAUUGAUCGAAGGCAGAAUGAUCAAAGAAAGAUUUCUCAGGGAAGGUUGGUUCCUCGUUCUGCUGGUUUUGAAAACUCCAAAGAGAAGCUAUCUGACCAAAAAGAAAACUUUGAUCCACGUAAACAUAUGGAUACUUUACCUAAAUGCUCCCCUUCAGGUGGUGAUGGUGGCAGAAUGUCUCUUAAUACUUGCGUGACUGUUUGUGAAAAUGAACUUGGAAAAUCAUUCCUCAAGAAAGGAAAAGAAAAUGAUGUUCCUUUAAGAACCCAUCUACCAGGACCAGGGAUAGGAAAUAUGGACUCAAAGCUAAAAAUGCCUGUUCCAGAAAUGAAGGACCACAAAGUUUCAUGUAAACCAGAAUUUAAACUGUGUGGACUGCGUCCUCCUCUACUGCGGGCUGUGUCAUGGGACAGCUUGGAGCCUGGACAGAAAGAGAAAACACCUUCAAAAUUACCAUCUGAGGAAGAUAAAAACUUUGCUGGUAAUAAACCCAGCAAUCAGUUAAAAGCAUUCAAAGACCUUCAAAUCCAAGUUCAACCAGUUCGAAUGCAGAAGCUGACGAAGCUCAGGGAGGAGCAUAUUUUGAUGAGAAAUCAAAAUUUAGUUGGACUUAAACUUCCUGAACUUAGUGAAGCGGCUGAACAGGAAAAAGGUCCUUCACCUCUCCCUUCCCCCACUGAAGAGGAAGAGCCAAAGAAUAGCUCUGAUGUCAUGCCCAGCAUUCCUGAUGUACUGCUGCGAAAACUACGAGUGCACAAAUCGCUUCCAGGAAGCUCCCCUCCACUUACUGAAAAAGAAGUUGAGAAUGUAUUUGUACAGCUUUCCUUGGCCUUUAGAAAUGAUAGUUACACGUUGGAAUCUAGAAUUAACCAAGCAGAGAGAGAGAGAAAUCUUACAGAAGAGAAUGCUGAGAAGGAACUGGAAAACUUUAAAGCAGCCAUUACGUCCUCAGCUCACCUGUGGCACCACUAUGAGCACAGGGAAGCUUACCAGAAGCUGCUGGAGGACAUCGCUGUCCUGCGGCGUUUGGCUGCCAGGCUGUCAAGUCGCGCCGAGAUGGUCGGAGCCGUUCGCCAGGAGAAACGCAUGUCAAAGGCAACAGAAGUAAUGAUGCAGUAUGUGGAAAAUCUGAAAAGAACAUAUGAAAAGGAUCAUGCUGAACUAAUGGAGUUCAAGAAACUUGCCAAUCAGAAUUCUAGCAGAAGCUAUGGUGCAUCUGAAGAUGGAGUGCCUCGUUCAUCUAGAUCCAUGUCUCUUACUGUUGGAAAGAAUAUGCCUCGGAGGAGAGUCAGUGUUGCGGUUGUUCCUAAGUUUAACUCCUUGAACAUUCCUGGUCAGUCACCAACAGCUUCACCUAUACCUUCAAUGCCAUCCCUGUCUGAAUCACCUAGUAAUGGAAGGAGCAGCCUAACGUCUAGUCCUGCUCUGCCAGCACUUCUAGAAAAUGGAAAGUCUAAUGGAGAGCCUGACUGUGAAACCUCUACUUCUGUGCUGUCACAGAGUGGGUUGGAGGAGAUCAGUCCUGAAACUAAAGCCAAGAUAGAAGAGGAAGCAUAUAACAAAGGCUAUCAGGAAGGCUUGAAGAAAACCAAAGAACUUCAAGAACUGAAGGAAGAAGAUGAAGAGACACCCAAAGAAAGUCAUGAUGAACAUGAAGAAAGUGAAAAUGAAGAUGAGAUUAAAAACCUGAAAAGCAGCAGACUUGAAGUCAUCAUUAAUUAUUUAUAUAUACUGUACCCCAAACUGUGCAAACACUGGAACGUGGUAUGGCUUGUAGUGGCUGCAAUCGUCAUUUUUGCUGUGGUGUUGGGAAUCUACCAUUCCUACAACUCCUGCGAUGAGAAGUCCGAGGGAGCUGAAGGGAAGGCCAGCUGCUCUGCUGCCCACCAGUAUUCCUGGUGGAACUCAGGAUUUCGACAUGAGCAACGCGCUGAAUAAUAAAGGAACAACCACGUAUUUCUGGUACCUGAGCAAGUUUGCAUCUUAGACCACUGUUGUUAAAGGUAGUGCUUAGUCACCCCUACGGCUGUCACACGUGAGCUGUCAGACAAGCGAGUUGCUCCACACCCCCAGGUCUGGGGAUGCAGGGUGAACACAUCUUGCCAAGAUGAAAAUCUGAUGAAUAAUCCUGUCUGUCCUCUUGUUGUAACUGACUGAUACAAAUAAAAUAAUGUGGAAUCAUGA